GAAGCAGAGUCUCAAAAUUAGAAAGUUCGAUCGCGCGACUCGCCAUCGUCGCAGCUCGGUUAUUCCGGAGGCGUCCUAUCCAGUGCUGUUGGUCGGAAGCUCGUCACAUUCGACGUAAAAGAGAGAAAACAGCGGUGUUUCGAAGCGCGUCGAAACUUGGAUGAGAAUCGCAAGGUCACUGCAAGUUUUCGUGGAAUUAAAUGCUGCCCAGAACCUUUGGGACGACCGAGGACUUUUGAACGUUUGUAUACCACGAUAAAAUCCCUCCCAUCGGCCAUCAGGCUCUUGCCUGAUCUCUCUCUCUCUCUCUCCCCACAUUCGAACGAAAACGUAACGUUUGGCUCAGAGGAAAGGGGCUUAAAAAAUGAGAUUCUAGCUCAUCUCGAAGCGCACCUCAUAACGGGCCGGUCUCCCAUUACAUACAUUUCGUACGCGCACGUAUGCAUCAUCUUUGGCUAGAUAAACCGAGCUCUCGACUCAUCAAGCGUGUAUAAUAUGGAGAAUGUGAGAGAUGUUCGCCUCGGAAGGAGCAGACCUCCAUUUGCAAAAUUGCAUCGGAAUAACGUGUACGGUUUAACGAGGUCUCUUCUCGCGCUGCUGCUUAAACAAUAAGCGUUCAAAGCUGGAGUCAACAUUGUUCGUUAGCGUGAAAACACUCUUCGUACUUGAGACUAAUUCGCUGUGCGCGAGAUAAGAUAAGGACUCUGUCAGAUAAAUAGGCGAGGAACGAGCGGUUAAUGAUGUUUGAUUUUUUAGAAAAUUGUGCCACCGAAUUCUUAGCCUGUUCGUCGUAUUUUUCCAUCGCGUGGAAAUUCGAGUCUUUGGAAUUCGAGAGGUGGACAAAGUUGAUUUUUAUUCGUGACUUCGUUGUGGGGAGUCGCGCAAUCGUGCGGUUCAGCACUUUCGAUUUUUUCAUGGCCUCGCAAAUUUGUAAGUUAUUUUACAUAUUCUUCGAAGAUAUUUCAAUUCGGGUCUGAAAUUUUAAAGGAGCUCCAGAGCUUUUUUGCUCUCACGAAUAACUUCAAAAUUUAUUUUUCAUCCUGCUAGAUUUCGAUUCCGUUCAUAAUUACACUAAAUUUCAUUGGUAAGAUUCUUUUAAAAAUGGUAUGAAAUUCAUGUUUUUUUCACAUUGAGAGAUAAAAUGAGACACGAUUUAGCCCAUGCUUGUGCUCACGUUUCUGGACGUUUGGGGAACACAUGGACGAACAAUUAAUGUGAACUACAUUCCAAACUCGUGAGUAAAACUACCUUGGCGCACAUGAGCCCACUCGAUCGCUCGAACCUCUCCCGUCCUCGUACAGCGUUGCUGCAUUUUGCUUUCGUUAAUGUAACUUCGCUUUGCCCGCGCGCAAAUCUCAUUAGAAUUAACCGCGUCGUGCUGCCUACGGAGCGGAGCAGCGACCGAGAUUCUCUUGCACGCGGUGUACUGUUUCGCGAUCACCGCAGUGUCGCCAAUCUUAGAAAGUUGAAAAAUCACAUUCUUUUCUGCCAACGUGCUCGCGCACGAGACUUUCCAUGGCCAGUUCACUCGACGAUCAUUUCCAAAACCAUUUCCUCGUGUUACCAUUUUUCAAUCACCGCCAAACUCUCGGUGAAAAAAUACAACUUUUUUCCUCCGUGGAUGCGUUAACGAAGCUUUUCAUAGCAGAUUUGCGCCUGAUGACGAAUUUCAGCAAGCCCGCCUCGUCAUUCUACUCAAACAUCUGCGUUAGAAAUCCGUUAGAAAAACGAAUUCUGGCCCUCGACUCGACUAUGUUUUGUAGGAUUUUGUCACGAGUUUAAAUCCUUCAACUAGAGAAAAAUGUGCUAUUGAAAAUCCUCCGAGCGAGGAGGGUGCUUCCAAGAUCGAGAGUCGGAGAAGCCCAUAGCCGGGGCGCUGGAUGGCGAGGAGCGAGCGCACUUGAAGAGUACGGGAGAGAUAGCGCCAGGACAGAAUGCUCGUCUCGCCCACUUCCCGCUCGCGGUUCAAGGCCCCUCCUUCCUCUCAGCGAGCAAGAAUCUUGAAGGGAAAGUGUUCUAAGAUCGUGCACGAGAACGAGCAGGAGAGAACAGAGCGUUUGGAAAGAUUGGAAAAAAAGAAAACCGCACUUUUUCCUGGGAAACUAGUGCCAGCGACGACGAUCAGCGGGCCGAUCAUUUUUCAGCUCGUUCCUGGAAGCCUCCUUCGUAGCAACAGUUCGUCAUGUGCGAAACUUUAAUUGCUCGGAUGACGAGACUGUUGUUACGAGAUUAUGACGAUAAGACUGGUUUAUCGUGAAUUUAUGUAAACCCAAAUCCACGAGAUGAACAUAAGAGUUUAUAAAGGAAAGAGGCUCGAUGCUGUUCCAUCCUGAUAGCGCUGAGACUUUAAGAAAUAAGUUUUCGCACGUUCUCCAGGCGCACUUACGAUAGAUUUUCUCUGCGUGAACCGGGGAGCAGCAGCAGGCCUACGUGGAAUUUACUUCGCACGAUUAUGCACCAUCGAGCAGUUUAAACACUGCGAACGCCCGCAUCUUCUGCAGAUGUGUGUUUAUACGUAUAUCCACAUAAAUAUGCGUAUGCAUUUAUGCAUCGAGGAAUGUACAAUGGUGUGAGAUGUAUCGGUGUAGCGGUAUGUGAGACAUGGGAACGCGGAAGUGCAUUGCACUCUCGGGCGCGCGCGGGGGCGACUGUGCGAAGAGGAUAAAACACGUACGCGAAAGAUUUUUUCCGUUGGGUGUACGUGAGCCUCGCUGGAUCGAAGCCACGCAAGUCUUGCGAUAGAGCCUCGUCGAUGUUGGGCUAAUUGAUUAAUCUUCUGCGCGGAAGGAGGCGACGUCGAUGCGCGGGGCAAGAGGAUUGGGAGGGGAUGGAAUUCCGCCGCGGGACGUUGAGCGAGUUAUGAACGACGAUGGAAAAAAUGAGGAAAUUUCUGAAUACUGAAAACGAAAGCCCCGAAGUCUUUGAUCCGGGGAGAGCGCAGUUCUUGACCGAAGGAUUGAACCGCGAUUGUACGAAAUUGCAUCCGAUCAGCGGGAGUCUGAAUAACGUGAGAAUAACGUGAGAACUCGAAAAAAUUAACUGUUCAUUUGCUCGUGGCUCGGAGAUGGCCCGCUUCGCGGGAUUCUCUGCCGGUGAAAAAAAUACUCUUCGAGUUUUCGGGGACUAUGAACUCACCGUCGUAACCGGUUUAUUUUUGAACUUUAUUUCACGAGCACUACAAGUUUGGACUUUCACCUCAGUCAGGAGAAUCCACUCGGUUGGAUACGAAGGCGCGGUUACGAGUAAAUGACUACGAGGCACGUGGAUAUCGAUUAAUCGCUCUCCCGGGGAAGGGGCAUUCCGCGAGGAAGAGAAGGGGCGCUUAAAUCUUUUGAUAACUUGAAAAUAUAUGAGGUUUUUGUAAUAUAUUGAUUCGACUUCGGAUAUAGAUAUAUGCGUACGAUCUUAAUGGGCCCAAUAAAUGUAUUUAUGCUGAUAAAGUGUACACAUAAAGCAGUUUCUUCGGUGAAGUAUAAGAGAGGCGUCUAGGUUCGAUCGACGCCGAUAAUCGUACGCGCGCACGGAUCCUCUUCAGUGUCAAUUUGUCACGCGAGCGAGCACGACACGAGACAGAAGUAUAAAUAAACGAAUCGAAAUCGCGUCGAUUUAUCUCUUGGGUUUUGAGUGUCGUACGCGACGAACGAGAAAUUCGGCGAGAUGUCAAUGCCACAUUGAAUUAAAUUCUUCUGUCCGAGUGCCAAAUCAAACGCUAUAUUUUUGUUGUCGAGAAUGAAUAUUGAUAUUGCAUAAAAAGCUGCUGUGGCUGAGCCCCAAUGGCAACAUCCAAAAAACUGGGAGCAAACAAAGUUCUCUUUUUUUUCGUUUCGUGAUUGAAAUUACUAGUCGCGUUGGCUGUUCCGUCCAGAAGAACCUGUUCCUCCCUACCUCCAAUGGUGUUCCAACCUGGCUGCAGAAGCUAACGCAAUUCUGACGCGGGCUAGCAUUCGUCCCGAGGGCGCUGGGCUGGAUGGUCGCGAGCUUGUCCUUCCCGCAAAGCGCACCACGUCGAAACGGAGAAAGCAUUUUCCCCUUGCUUUUUACCCUCAACAAAAAGAUUCAACGGGAAAGAGCGACGAGGCACAAAAAAUGGCUGAAAAAAACACCCUCGCUGCUGCCGAUUACAUCGUCAUCGGUGUGAUGCUCAUCGUCAGUGCCAGCAUCGGAAUUUAUUAUCGAUUCACAGGUGGCCGACAGAAAACUACAGAGGAAUAUUUCGUGGCCGAUCGUCGAAUGAGCGUCACAACGGUAGCGAUCGCUCUCAUGGCCUCGUACCUCUCAGCCGUGAGCUUGCUCGGCGUGAGCGCCGAAAACUACGUUUACGGCACUCAAUACGCUGUGAUAAACUUGUCGUACGGCCUCGCGACGCCGAUCGUCGCUUAUCUUUACCUACCGGUAUUUUUCAAGCUCCAGGCGACGAGCGCAUUCGAGUAUCUCGACAAACGUUUCGGACACGAAACUCGAAUCGUAGCGAGUUUGGCUUUCAUCCUCCAGCUUCUACUUUACACGGGUGUCGUGCUCUACGCUCCAGCGCUUGCGCUCGAAGCGACCACCGGAAUUUCCACGGCUCUGAGUAUCGUCAUAAUCGGCCUCGUUUGCACAUUUUACUCGAGCAUCGGUGGCAUCAAAGCGGUUCUUAUCACCGAUGUAUUUCAAUCUUUACUCAUGUUCGUUGCGAUCAUCACUGUGAUUAUUACAGCGGCUGUUAACGUCGGUGGUCUCGGUGAAAUUUGGCGAAUCGCCGAUCAGGAAAACCGCAUCGAGUUUGACAAUAUUUCUCCGGAUCCUACGACCAGGCACUCGUGGUGGAGCUUAACAAUCGGUGGUCUUUUUACUUAUCUUUCUCUGUACGCCUGCAACCAAGUCCAAGUCCAAAGAAUGUUGACAGUGCGCAAUCUGGCAGCAGCACAAAAAGCUCUUUGGUGGAGCUGGCCAAUAGCAUCGACGAUGUCGAUCAUCACAUGUUUUUCUGGAUUGGCCAUGUUCUCGCGGUAUUACGACUGCGAUCCGGUAAAGACUAAUAAAAUCACCUCGAAGGAUCAACUCAUGCCGCUGUACGUUAUGGACACUUUGUCCUCCUAUCCCGGAGUUCCAGGACUCUUCGUCGCCGGAAUAUUCAGCGCUGGUUUAAGCACGGUCUCCGCAACUCUGAAUUCAUUGGCGGCUAUUAUCCUCGAGGAUUUCGUGAAGCCGGUGUAUUCACGGAGAGGCAAAGUGAUGUCAACCAAGUUUUCCGUUCUCGCGAGCAAAGGUCUGGCGAUGCUGGUCGGCUUAUGCUGUGUCGCAUUGGCAUUCGUGGGUGGAUAUUUGGGGGGUGUUUUGCAAGCGGCCUUAACGAUAUUCGGAGUGAUCGGGGGUCCGAUGUUGGGUCUUUUUACAUUGGGUAUGAUGACCGAAUCGGGUAAUCAAAAGGGUGCGAUAAUAGGAUUACUAUCGAGCCUCGCAUUUUUUUUGUGGAUUGGUUUCGGUCAGCCAAGACCGGUUCCGGCGGCAUUGCCAGUUCGGGUCGACGGGUGUAACUUGACCGUGAAUUUCCCGGGGGGAAACAUCACUCGAAGGGCGAUUCAAGAAGAGACUUCGUACUUCUAUCUCUACCAAAUUUCUUACAUGUGGUACUGUCCCCUCGGUUUUUUGCUGUGCCUCGUCAUCGGAUAUUUGGUCAGUAGAAUAACGCAGUUCGUACUCAAAGAGGAACCCGCCGAGUUGGAUUCCAAUCUAUUCACGCCUUUUUUGGCCUCGAGGAUCACCGAGCGACGAGAGAGAAAGAGGAAUCGUAUUUUCUGUGAGAUGACGGACUCAGCCGGAAAGCAGGAGGAUGGACGAGCCACCGCGAACGCUGCUGAGAAGAUGUAAAAAAGCCUGGAAUCUCGGAGGAAAAAAACGUACGGCGAAAAGUAGAAGUAUUCUCGGAAUCGCGUGUAUUCCGAAGAAAAUUCCAAUGUCCGAGAGACUCUGAUCGGAAUAUCUCAGCGAGAACGUAACACAAUCAAAUCAUGAUCAUUCUCCAAGCAUCACCGCGCCGAGGAAAUACCUCACGAACUAUUCACCUCCAUUUCAUUUUAUACUCGAGCGUACAAAUUACUCGGCUCAUGUUUUAUAAGUCGACCGCUCAUUUCCACUCGAUUGCAUGCAGUUCCGUUGAAACACACUCAAGAAUUUCAAUGCGCCGAAGGUCUUUAUGCAUUCGUUUGAAUCGCCAUGUUCAUAUUUUUACUACAUUGAAGAUGAAAUUUCGUUAUUCGGAAAUCGCCCUAGAUUUCUGGACAUCGACCAACGAAACAGUAUUAAUUGUCAAAAAGGCACGUUUUUAAAUCGAUCCUGCUGGAAUUUCGUGUACUUAUUGAGGCUGUUAUUGUUCGUUGAAAAUAUCCUGGAAAAUGAAACAAUAAAAAUAUCGGUAACGAGGAAGAAUUUGUAAUUCAAUCGAGCAUUGAGACUUGCGUCACAACUCAAUGACGAUGUUCAGUAUUAAAAAUGCGAAAUUCGCCCGAAUUCAUGAAGAAGAAACCGUCGAAAAAGGAGCGAACGGAUCGAUGAUUUUUUGUCGAAAUCUGAGAAAAUCUGAGGUUGGGAAAAAAUGGAAAACAGAAUUUUCAAGUCGAUGCUAUUUCAGCUCCGUUGUAUCGAGACUGAAAAGGUUUGUUCGCCCAUGAAAAAAGUAUUAUCAUCAGAGUGCAAAAGAGGCUCUCGGAGCUGCUGCUCUCCCUGGUCGAGGACGAGACACGCAUUUUUGCUACCGCAGCUCACACAUUGAGCACAACACACGCACAAGCACACACGAACGUUCGCUCCUUGGCAAGUGCCAGAGUUCUCAUUAUAAUGCCGGCCAUACCUUGCAUAAAGCGAAUCCUUUUCAACGUAAGGAGUCCCAGCGAGGCUGCUUGGCUCUCUCGAUAAAACAGGAAAAAGGAGAACGAGAGCGAGAGAGAAGAAGAAACGAGGUGGAGAGAGACGAAGCUUCUUCGGCCAAGUGGCGCAAUUACGCGCCAAUCCGCGAGUUAAAUUGUAUCGCAAAGCUUCUAAAGGCUAAUGGAAAAAAAAUAAAAAAUUAAUCCCAUCUUAAGCUACUUUUGCACCUGAAAGGAGUUUUCCUAUUUGUUAAUAAUGAAACUGCGACUGUGUGAGUGAGCGAAAGAGAGAGAGAGAGAGAGAGGCUCAAUCUCUGAAUCAAUUGACCUGCAAUAAUUUUAAGAAUUUAAAUUACCUUAAUAAUUGUCAUACUUGUUCGACUAAUUGUAAAGAGAAUGAAGCAUUAAAAAAACAUAUGAAACAA